AUGACGAAGAUUUAUUUACUUAUUUCUUUGGUCAUUCUACUGUUUGUGAAUGUGUGUUGGUGCCAGUGCCGUUGGGCAAACUGGCGGAGCUCGUUUGACAGAGCAGGGUGGUCCAAGUGUGGAUCAACUACUGAAUACCUGACAGGUUUUUAUCGAAACUCUAGGAGUGCAAGCGACCCUAUUCAUCUUCUGGAUGAGGGAAACUGCUGCAAUGCUCCUGCACCAAACCAGAAUCGGGCUUCAACGUGCCAAAACGCAAACUGGUGGAAACAGUUGGACAGGUUUGUGAACAAGUGCAAAAAAUUUAGGCAGCAUAUUUCGUCGGCUUGCCCUCGACAUUAUGCCAGUCGUAGAAAAAUAGCGAAGGGUUACCCAGAAGUAUUUCACUUCCUAGGCAUUCUUGUCUCUUGGGCGAGUUAUGGUAAAAUUUCCGCACAGCCCCAUCCUACAUUAUGCUUCAGUUCUUAGAUAGAGAAAACAAUGACAAAAACAAUACAUUGCCAUUGGGAAAACAGAUUUGUUCUACAAUAGUAUAGGACUGUGCGGAAAUUUUUGCCGCGAGUUAUGUUAAGAGCGAAUAUCAUCGCCCGAAAACGUAACGAGUAUGCGUGACGAGUGUUUAGUGAGGUUUUUCAAAAUGCUCAUCUGAUAUUGCAAGCUGUGACAAGCUUUUCUUCUUUAAAUAAAACGCUUCAGUUAUUCCCCGCGGGAAAACUUUCAACAACAAAGUUAAAUGUUGCAACCUCGUACUGCUUUAUAUUUCGCGUGUCCUAUAAUUAGAGCUCCAAAAUUUUUAGAUCGUAAAUGUGAAGAAAGUAUUUUGCAUUUUGGUGUCUAUGCUUUACCAAUGAACUCCUUUUAGUAAUGUUUAGUUCUCUGGAUUCACCGCUUUCUUCUUGGGUCAAGUAAAGACUUGUUUGCUAAAUCAGUCAUCCUCAUAUCCUCAUAUCCACUUGUUCUCAUUAAUUUUUUUCAGGAAUAAAGAAUGGGCAUUUUGUCCGACAGGAUACUUCUUGCAGGGAUUAUACCGCACUAGUAACCACAACAUUCACAACAUUGAGGAAGGUCGUUGCUGUAAACCCAAUAACCUGCCAAACAGCUAUCUCCACUGUUACACUCACGACGUCAGCAAAUCAUUCGACAACAAAGGCUGGAGUAAAUGCGACAGCCAAUACUACAUGAGGGGCUUUUACAGGGGAGGUUGCGAUAAGUUGCACUGCAUAGAGCUAUUCCAGUGUUGCAUGAUGUAUGAUGGCUGCAAAUUUGCGAAUUGGUGGAAAAGUUUUGAUAGAAAAGGCUGGACCCAGUGCGACUCUGAGCAAUAUAUCACUGGACUUUGGAGAAAUAUUAACUUGGGCUUAAGAGAUCAAAUCUACUUAUUGGAGGAAGCUAAGUGUUGUUCAGCUCCUGCUCCAUUCCAGAACGUCCAAUCGACAUGUAGAGAAGCCAAUUGGUGGAGUGUUCUUGACAAGUAAGUGUACCAUAAUUUUAAAGUUUACCAAAGAUUAAUACUAGCAGGAAUCGCGUGGUCUGUUGCGAAGACCAGCGUGCGCUUCGAGAUUACGAUGAAAAAAUGAUACACUUGGAAAAAACUGAAAUUUAGCUAAUUUGUACAAUUUCGGAUGCUCCGUUUUAGCCGAUUUGAAAACCCGCAGUGAUUCAAUCGUUUAGUUUCAUUUUUCAUUUUGAAAGAGCCUCUCCAACAACAGGAUGGCAAAUAUGGUAAGUUUUAAGCUCGGUAAGAAAUAGAGAAAUGUGUUUUGUCUUGUCACGAGCGUGGGACAAAGAAAAAAUUCUGAGACCCCAUGAAGAAAUGAACCUCAGACCUUCGGAUUCCGCGCUCCGAUACUCUACCACUGAGCUCAUGGGGACUCUGAAUUUUAUCUUUUUCCCACGCUCGUGACAAAACGAAAAACAUCUUUCUUUGUAUCAUACAAUGUUGACUAUUCCAUAUUAAAACACAAACUUCAGUUCUAACAUGAUUCUCCUCUAACUAGAACAAACACGUGGGCGGUCUGUCCACUUGGUUACUUCCUACGAGGCUUCUACCGAAAUGACGGUGCUUGGCUGCAUCACAUUGAGAUGGGUAAAUGCUGUAAGCCGAACAUUUUCCCAGACAGGUAUGAAAACUGCUACACCGAGAAUAUCCGCAUUUUGUUUGACAAAAGAGGUCUCAGCCAAUGCAAAAGACAAGGAUACUAUUUAGCCGGAAUUUACAAAGGAGGAUGUGACAAACUGUUCUGUAUAGAGUCUUUCAAAUGCUGUAGGAUGAAUAUAGGU